AUGCCGUCGUUCACCAUUUAUUUAGAAGACACUUCACCCAUGCUCGUUUAUAGCGAGCAUUGGCGGGCAGGUUCCUCGGGAAAUGACCGCUUUCUUGACCGUUACUCCCAGAAUAGCUUCAUGGUGACCCAAAACGCGGGAGAAAUCGUGAAUCUGCAGUUCUAUGGCUCGUCUGUGCAAGUCGUUGGCUCAAAGCGUUCAAAUCAUGGCAACUACGAGGUCCAGGUCGAUGGCGGUCCGCCCUUGACAUUCAACGGAAAUGCUGCCUCGGAAAUAUUUGGUGAAAAUCUAUUCGGCGGAUCUGAUCUAGGGCCCGGGCUCCAUUCCUUAACGCUCAGGAAUAUCGGAAACAAUCAUAGCGAUAUUGACUAUGUCACAUUCCAAGAUAAUGUUGGAGCUAAUAAUGAACGAUUGUUAGUAAACACGUUCCAAGCGGCUCACCCAUCAUUCGUUUACUCGCCGAAAUCCUCCUGGACGAAUUCCACGACUGUCGGACCGGCAGACUUUGGACGGGGAACUUCGGAUCCUGACGCCUCCGUGGUGUUCACAUUCCAAGGUAAAAUAUCUGGACCUUUGGAAAAUGAACUCCAGCUUGAUAGUACCCCUUCUCAGGCGGUGCAAUAG